AAUUGCAAGAUCCUUUCCUCCAAUCUCUAACAAAAGGUAUAGGACCAAAGCUGUCCUAGUUUCCACUAGGGUAAUUUGUCCUUGCUUCAAUUUAGCUCCACCCCCGGGCCUAGGGUUUUCCACUAAAGUUGUACUCGUUGUCCUCCUCUUCAUCAUAUACUAUAUAUUCUGUACAUAUGGAGAAGGAAGAGAACAACUACUCGGCUUUUAUGCCGCCUGGUAACUUUAACAACCUGGAUUACACCCUAGAUCAUCAUCAUGAUGAAGAUCAGCAGAUGAUGAAGUCUCGCGUCGACGAGACUCCAAGUGAGAACAACAACGGAAUGGUCAAUUACUUGAUGAACAAUCACCAUCAACUACAACAACAGCAACAACAAAUGAGCACACAACUAGCUCCAGCUGGGUUUUGUGGUUCAACAAGUACUUCUUUUGAUAAGCUGAGCUUCGCCGACGUGAUGCAGUUUGCGGAUUUUGGACCCAAGUUGGGCUUAAACCAAACCAAGAUUUCAGAAGAAGAACCCUCCGGAGUGGACCCUGUUUACUUCCUCAAGUUUCCGGUGUUGAACGACAAGUUCGACAACGAUGUCAUGGUUCCACAAGCUGAAGAGAGAUUUACAGGGUUGGGUGAAGAAGGCAAGACAAAGUCAAUGGAAGAAGAUCAAGAUGAGGAGGCUCGGGUUUCGGGUAGUAAUUCGGUGCAGCAGCUCCAAUUUCUUGGAGAAGAUCUUGAAAACAACCCUAGAGGAGGAGUAGAACCGGAGCCUGCAGCCAAGAACAAAAGAAAAAGACCAAGAACUACCAAGACGACUCAAGAAGUCGAAAGCCAGCGGAUGACUCACAUCGCCGUGGAAAGAAACCGCAGGAAGCAAAUGAAUGAGCAUCUUCGUGUGCUCCGGUCCCUCAUGCCUGGCUCAUAUGUACAACGAGGGGAUCAAGCUUCUAUCAUUGGAGGAGCCAUAGAGUUUGUGAGAGAAUUAGAGCAGUUGCUUCAGUGCUUGGAAUCACAAAAGCGGAGAAGGCUCUUAGGCGAAGCUCCAAGACAUGAGGUGGGAGAAUCUGCCGGAGCGAUGGCUAUGGCGGUGAUGCCUGCAGUGCAGGCAGCUCAAGGCGGCAGCGGGGGACCAUUGAUCUUUCCGGCUGCUAAUCUCCCCGUGAAUCCAAAUGAUCCAAUCAAGUUCGUGGAUUUCGAAACGGGGCUUCGAGAAGAAACGGCUGAGAACAAGUCGUGCUUUGCUGAUGUUGAGGUGAAGGUUUUAGGGUUUGAUGCGAUGAUCAAGAUUUUGUCUCAAAGGAGACCAGGGCAGCUCAUUAAGGCCAUUGCUGCGCUUGAGGAUUUGCAGCUUAACAUUCUUCACACUAACAUCACCACCAUCGAACAAACUGUUCUAUAUUCCUUUAAUGUCAAGGUUGAGAGUGAAUCGAGGUUCACGGCUGAAGAUAUAGCAACCUCAGUUCAGCAGAUAUUCAGUUUUAUUCAUGCAAACACCGCCAGCAUGUGAUGAUGAUGGUGGAACUUGAAUCUUAUGACCACAGCCUUUUCUUUUGGAUUCUGAUCUAUUUAUAUUUAUUGUUUAUGAAAAAGAGAAAAAGAAAUUAAUGAGCUAGCAGUGUGGUCUCUGGUAUAACAGCAGUUGAACCCGCAGAUUACUAGCUAGAUUCCUUUGUCCUAAAUAAGUAACAUAACAUGUAUUUCCUCUUCCAGAUUGAUAUUAAAGGCAUG